CAACAGAUUCCCUCAGCAACCAACUAUCCGUAGCUCAGUCUUUUUUGCACCAGAGAACCACAUCCGUUAAGAGUCUCUUCAUUCAAAUUCAGGAUAAAUCAGUCGCGCAGGCCUCAUGUUCGCUGUAGGUCAGUCUAUAUCUGCCUUUAAAUAUAUCAUUGUAUUUGGCAAGGUUUGAGGUGUUCCCUGUGCCAGGUAGCUCGAGCCCUUGACACAAGCACCCGAGGAACUAAAAAUAUUAUUUCCCUUCACCUCGAUAUAUAACCGGUUUGCAAGGCAAGGUUGAGGGAGAGUUCUAUAUCUGGCGCAGCGGUUGAAGCCGCAAAGCUUUUGGAAGACACACUAGCCUAAGGAAGAUGUUUCCUGUCAGCCUUGGCUUAGCCUUUGAAGCGCUGGGGAUUUAUAGCAGAGAAGAAGUGCUUAAUAAAUGUGCCCUUGUUUUUCCUUUUAACGAGGAUUGCGCCAGAAUAGAAACAAGAAAAAUCGCGGCAGGCCGUGAAGUGACUCAAGUGUGACGCUGUGAGAAAGCAGAGCAGAAAUCCUUGGGUCAACUGUGGGAAACUUUGCCCCUCCGGAUAUUGCUGAACUACAACUCCCAUCAUGCCUGGCAAGCAUAGCCAAUGGCCAGGGAUGAUGGGAAUUGUAGUUCAGCAACAAAGGUCCCCCGUGCCUUCCUUAAAGGUUAAGAGGCCUGGAGAAUGUAUUGUUGCCUUCCAGGAAUGAUGUGGAACCAACGAUGUGCUCCUCUGAAGCUGCAUUAGUGCACGGUUUGCCAAACUUGUUUCUCCAACUGCUUUUGGACUACAAGUCCCAUCAUCCCUAGCUAGCAGGACCAGGGAUGAUGGGAAUUGUAUUCCAAAAACACUUUUAAUGACCUUAACAUACACAUGCAAGAUAUGCCUUAGGUUAGGAGUAGCCGACAGGGUUCCUUCCAGAGGCUCCGGGCUAGAACUCCCACCACCCUCUACCAGUGGGAGUUGUAGUCCGAAACGCCUGGCGGACAGCCAGGUUGGCAAAAGCUGGCUCAAUAUCUGUGAGCCGAGGAGCCGUUGCUGCACAGCCAGUGGGAGGUAAUUUUCUUUCAUUGGUACAGCGACAGGGCGGACGGAAGAAUGAGCUGCGGGAUUUUGUUCCAAGCCUCCUGUUGUUCUUAUUAAAGGGCAAUUAUGUCUCUGCCUUACCUGUCUAUACCAGGCAGAGUCCUGCUGCUUGCUUAUUUUUUCUUCUUCUGAGAAAAAGGAAUGAAUUUCAGCAAAGGGGAUUCGGUUUCAGUUUUUGGUUUAGUUUUUUUUUUUUUGUUCUGUACUGUCUUUAUGUGUAGGAUUAAGAGAGACUGGCAGGGAUUUGAUUGGCCACCUCCCCCUUUUUCUCUCUCCCGGUGCCCCCCCCCCCAAAUCUGUUCUGGGCUGGAGGAUCCCCCAAUCCUCUGGAGCAGAUUUGUGGGGCAUGGAGCAAGGGGAGAAGAGAGUAAGAAAGAAAAUCUUGUUGCACAGGUGGAGGUCUGUACACCUGUUGACGUGGUUGGAAACACUCCAGCCUAAUGUCUACGUUAGAUUCCCCCCCUCCCACCCCCAGUCAGUUUCAAAUGAUUGGCAUGUCUCCAGUGUUGUAUGUGUGGAGUUUCACUUGCAUGGCGGGACUCCCUCUCCUCUCCCUGCAGGCCCCCAAAAUCUAUUUUGCAGGGUCCCCCAUACCCUCUGGAUUUUGAGGGGUUUGCCAGGGGGGCUGCAAGGGAGAGGUGGGGCCAGUUCUGAUGCUCUAGCAGAACAGCACUGGGUACUACCCACUGCUGCCCAUAUAAUAAUAGUGACAAUAACAGUAGUAUUUAUACCCCGCCCACCUGGCUGGGUUUCCCCAGCCACUCUUCCAGCAUGUAUAAUAAAAUGUCAAACCCAGAGACCCAGCUCUCUUUCCUGGGUCGAUGAUGCUUAGAGCCAAGCUACACAUGAUGUGUCUGAAGCAGGCAUAGGCAGACUCCGGCCCUCCAGAUGUUUGGGACUACAAUUCCCAUCAUCCCUAGAUAACAGGAGCAGUGGCUGGGGAUGAUGGGAAUUGUGGACCCAAACAUCUGGAGGGCCGGAGUUUGCCUAUGCCUAAAGCAGGGCUUCCAGACUUGGACCUCCAGCUGCUUUUGUACUACAACUCCCAUCAUCCCUAGCUAGCAGGGCCAGGGAUGAUGGGACUUGUAGUCCAAAAACAGCUGGAGACCCAAGUUUGGGAAACCCUGAUCUAAGGUGUGAUAUAUAUGCAACCUGCUCUGUCUGUCUGUCUAAUAAUGUGUGGAACUGGUAAUUAACAGAAUCCAAGCAGGUGUGGAAGGGGAAAUUUAAGCCCCUGGCCUCCACACCUGCUCUGAUCCCAUUUAUUAUCAGCAUCCUUACCAGCCGAUGCAAUAAUAGGCAUUUAUAAAAACGAAACAAAAAACACCUAUUUCCAGCCUUUGAAGUUGCAUUACUCUCCUGCUGAUAAAUUGGCUGCUUAAUUUGCUUUAGAACCAAACAAACACUUUUAUUAGGUCCUUUCCACACAGGCUCGGGGCAGGGGAGAAAGAUGAGCUUCACCUCUUCCUCCUUAAUAAAGCUAAACCCCAACAUCUCCCCUGCCAAUCUGACAAGCUGGAAGAGACUAAUCAAACAAGCAUUCCUUCCAGUCGGGAAGCUCCCUGCGGGCAGCUGCCUAGGCAUCGCUUGGUAAUUAGGGCUGAAUUCCUCCGUCUGCUCACAGAGGAAACUCCUAUCCAGGUGAAUCUAACCGUUCUUCUUGUUCAGUUCUGCUCUCACUGGCCUGUUACGUGUGGAGCAGGAAUCAGGUGGCCUGCAUUUCAGCUCCAGUCUCCAAAAGUCCUUCUCCACAGAUGGCGCUGAGCUGUCUUUGGCGAGAGUGCAUGGGAAAUAAACCUUGAAUUAAUAAGGAUGAGAUUCUCCUCCAUCGUGUACAGUGUUUGAAAUUAGACAGGCGUGUUUUGCAACCGGCGCAGGUCCAGUUGCGACUGUGGAGAUCUCUGGGUGUUACGUAUCUCCACCUGGCUGGUCCCUCCAGCUUUCUUAAGCAGGUAAGCAGAAGAACUUAUUCAUUGCAUUUAUCUCUCACCUUUUUCUCCAGGGAAUCCAUGGUUCACCCCCCCCUCCUCAGUUAACCCUUGCAACGGCCCUGUGAGGUAGGUUAAGAGCAGGCAUAGGCAACCUCGGCCCUCCAGAUGUUUUGGGACUACAACUCCCAUGAUCCCUAGCUAACAGGACCAGUGGUCAGGGAUGAUGGGAAUUGUAGUCUCAAAAUAUCUGGAGGGCCGAGUUUGCCUAUGCCUGGUUAAGAGGCUGCAACUGGCUCCAAGGUCAGCCAGGGAGCUUCCUGACUGAGUGGGGAUUCGAACCCCAAUCUCCCAGGUCUAUACCAUAAAUUAAGUAGGUAAAUAAAUCCAGGGAAAGCAAAAUGUCAUAGAGAAGGAGCUGAAAUAUUUUCCUUGAAGCUUGGAAUUGGUUUUAUUCUGGACUGUCUUAUUUGAUGUUUUAAUGUGUUGUAAACCACCUUGAAACUUUUUCUUUAAAAUACAAAGAGACAUAGAAAUGAAAUGAAUAAUAAAAAUAGAAUUAAUAAACCUCACUGAUUUUUUUAUUAAAAAAGGCACGUAGACAUUCUGUUUUGGUGACUGCAACCUAGGUUUAAGGUGCCAUUUGAUGACUAACUUAUAUAUCUGAGUUUCUAACUUCUCAGUGUACCCUUUUCCCCUGGCAUGCGAGCAGAGAGAGCGAUUUCAGAAACCAAUACCAUCAAGGAGGUUGGGAACAUCUUCUCCAUAAGGCAGGGAUGGGGAGCCUGUGACCUUCCGGGUGUUUUGGAUUAUUUGUGUUGCCAGUUAGGUACCGGGCUAAGUUCAAGAUGCUGGUUUUGGUACACAAUUUGGUACCAGGAUACCUGAAAGGUUGUCUCACCCCCUGUAUACUACCUAAUCGAUCAUUGUGCUCUGCUGUUGAAGGCCUCUUAGUAAAAGUAAAGGGACCCCUGACCAUUAGGUCCAGUUGUGACCGACUCUGGGGUUGAGGCACUCAUCUCGCUUUAUUGGCCGAGGGAGCCGGUGUACAGCUUCUGGGUCAUGUGGCCAGCAUGACUAAGCCGCUUCUUGCGAACCAGAGCAGCGCACGGAAACGCCGUUUACCUUCCCACCGGAGCGGUACCUAUUUAUCUACUUGCACUUUGAUGUGCUUUCGAACUGCUAGGUUGGCAGGAGCAGGGACUGAGCAACAGGAGCUCACCCCGUCGUGGGGAUUCGAACUGCCGACCUUCUGAUCGGCAAGUCCUAGGCUCUGUGGUUUAACCCACAGCGCCACCCGCGUCCCUGAAGGCCUCUUACAGGUGCCCUUGUACCUGGAACCGGGCCUCUAGCGUUGUGGUAUCCAUCUACCCUUUGCAAUUCCCUCUCCUUGAAAAUCAGACAAACAUAGUCUUGGUUGUGUUUUCACUGUUGGCUGAAGAGCUCUCUCUUCCAACCAAGCUUUUAUGAGUUGACCUCUUUCCCAGACUGCAUCUGUAUUGGAAUUGCUUUAAAGAGGUUUUUACAGUUGUUUUAUCACUUGUUGCCUGCUACCCUGGGCUCCUUUGGGAGGGAGGGCGUCUCAUAAAUGCAAUAAAUACAUGACUCAACUCCCCAUCAUUCAUGACCUGGCUGGGGCUGGCGGGUGGGGGACUCAAACUUCACCCAGAGAGCAACAGGUUAGUUUCUUUUGGCUGUAAGGAAAGGUUUUUCUAGUGCAUUUUUCACGGGGAAGCCUUCAAGCCUACAAACUCUGUGCCCUGCAGUUUGCAGUGGUGCAAUCCAGGAGCAGUUUCACCAACCUGUGCAAUGGGUUUGGAUAAAAUAAUUAGCUUGGGGCAGUCACGCAACCCACCCCACAAAAAAUAGAUGGCUGCCUUAAGUUGGCUCUCUGAGUCCAACUCUUUUCAUGCUGUCUGGAUUAAAUCGGCAGUGGGCAGUUUCUUAAAAUGUGCAUCUGUUGGCCGGAAUUUAUGUAGAAUAGUAUUUUGGGAGUUUGGGGUGGUGUGCAGGAAGAGAAAGGCAGGGCAGGGGAGAAUGUGGGCAGCCUAAGAGCUCUCUUGCUGGCUCUCUUGGCCUAAAGUCCUGGGGCUUGUUUUCGUACUGCUUUUCUUCCGUGCCAGAAUCCCCUUUGGUUUUGUGGUUUUAGAAUUAACAGCCCGUUUCUGCUGUGGGCCUGGUCCUGCCAAGUCCGGAGCCUGAAAGGGAAUAUCUGUGCCAGGAUUUUAAUGACCAACUGAGAUGAGAAUCAAAAGCGCUGAUGGUUCUUUAUCUGUGCUUUUCCCCUUUUUUGCAAAACCGUGAAGGCAAAUGAGGCCAACAAAUUCCUUGCACAGAUGCUGCAUUGCAUAGGAUGAAAGAACUGGUAUAGCUGUGAAAGAGUGUGUGUUUGUGUGCAUUUUUGCAGAUAUGUGGAACCAGACGGGCGUUUUUGUCUAGGCUGUUUGUUCCCUUAUCUCCAGUGCCCAUUUCCAUCAAGGGUGUUAUCCAGAUCUCCAGCGAUGUGCUACAGUUUGCAUGCAUGCCUUGCCCGCUUCUAUAAAUGCUGUUGGGACAACAGUUGUCUUUGUUCGGGUGAGGAGGAAGCUGCUGGGCCAGCAGCUUGCUCACGAGUAGCCCAACCAAUAAUCAGCUCAGCGCAGCUGGUCUGCAGGUGGACAAGGAUGAAGCGGAUGAGAGGCUGCAGGCUUUCAGAUUCCUCCUAGUGGCUUAUAAACCCUCAGAGGGAAUCAGGAACGUAGGGUGCUGCCCUAUAGGGAGUCAGACCACUGGUACAUUGUGUAGUACCUACGGGACCGCCUCUCUGGUAUGCCCCGCGGAGGACCUUAAGGUCCACAAAUGACAACAUUUUGGAGGUCCCAAGUCGCAAGGUGGUUAGAUUGGUCUCAACUAGGCCCAGGGCCUUUUCAGUACUGGCCCCGACUUGGUGGAACGCUCUGUCAGAAGAGACUAGGGCCCUGUGGGACGUGACAUCUUUCUGCAGGGCAUGCAAGACAGAGCUGUUCCAUCUGGCCUUUAGUUUGGACUCAGUCUGACCCUUAUGUUUCCCUCCCCUUAUGGUUUUGAUCUAUGGGCUACUUUUAAAAUGAGGCUGCAUUUUAAAUUGCAUUUUAACCUGUAUUUUAAAUUUGACCCCCCCCCUUAUGUUUUUACUGUAAUUUUACUGGUGUUAGCCGCCCUGAGCCUGGCUCUGGCCGGGGAGGGCAGGGUAUAAAUAAAAUGUAUUAUUGUUUAUUAUUAGUAGUAGCUCAGUUGGUAGAGCAUGGGACUCUUAAUCUCGGGGUUGUCGGUUUGAGCCCCAUGUUGGGCAAAAGAUUCCUGAGCUCUGACCUUCCUAGCAGAUAUUGGUCAAGCACAGACGAUUGUGCAAUUAUUUGGCAAGGCACACUAUUCUCUUCACUUUAUGUAGACAAAUACUUUUAAAUGAUGGCAUGUCUCUUCCACCCCCCUUUUUGUUGCUGUCAUUCAUAAGUGGUUUAAGUGUCUUUUGCUAAGUGCAGUGGUUUGGUGGUAUUUUGGUGGUUGGUCAUCUUCGUUCCCCCCCCCCCUUACUUUUGAGACACUGAGUGAUUUUGAGCAAAUAACUGCACCGUUGAGACAAAUUGCUCUUUUUCAAAAGAAUCCUUCACAGUUGUUGUAGAUUUUAAACUGGGAAGCACUGAACAAACACGCGAUCCCCGAGUUGUGUUUGCAUCGCGUAGUGGGUGUCAACGUGACGCCUUGCAAUUUAGACUUAAUCAUCACAGGUCGAUAGCAAAGUGCAAAUGGUUUUCCUUUCCUUUGCAGCCCCCCCUUUAAAGCACACCUCCCCCCUUAAAUGCGUAGGGUUUUGUGGGGUAUGAUGUCAGCAUCGCCCUUGAGCCAGUGCCACCAACUGGACUCAUCCACUUCAGCCCCGACUGGGCUAGGCGAGCUGGGUAGCACUUCCAGAGACCACCUUCUGCACAGGAACAGGUCAAAGUGCUGUGGACUCACAGCUUAGAGUUGUGAGCACCGGAUUCACUCCCACAAGAAGACAGUCGUCGCACAGCAGAGUACAGCAGAGUCUAGCAGAGUAUAUAAACAACUCGGAGAGCAGCUCUGUAGAAUAUCUUCUUUAUUCUAUAACUACAACUAUUAUACAACUAUAUACAGAGCUAAAUAGGUCUAAGCAUAAAUGAAUGCUGCACUGCACUGAGUGUCUGCAGCUGCUCUUAGCAGCAACCUUAUCUCUACACACGAUCUCUAACACUUAGUGUCUCUCUCUCUCUCCCCGACACUGACUGACUGACUGACUUGGUGCUGGAGCAGAAUAAGUAGAGAGCAGAACACGCCUCCUCCUCUCUGGAGAAUCAGCAGACUCCUCAGGAGAUUCUUGGAUAUGGGAGGCGUGAAAUCUCCUCAUAUAUAAGAAAGGAAAAUGUUUGAAAGCCAAGCUAAACCUGCCCUCAACGGUAUCUGCAUCCCCCUGUCUGCUGCCCAUGAAGCCGCGCGGUUUUAAUUUGGCGCAAAAUUGCACCGAAGCCUAAAAAAAGUAUAGAUUGUCAGGCUUCUGCAUUCUAACGACUUCUGAGCAUCACAUUUAGGAAUUUCCAGUAGAAGUGGCUCAGUCUCCAAGGGAACAAACAAUAUCCAUUCUCAUUUAGACGUCCCUCGUGGCUGCUCUGCACCUGUUUUUCUGCAUAGAAGUGGCAUUUGUGUAGAAACUGCGCACAUUAUUAGCACAUGACUUACGCAUCAUUCCCCCUUUAGAAGAGCAGAGUGGGUUGUUGCGAAGUAACAUGCUUUUAGGAUCGUUGCCCUGAUUUUUGAGCAGGUGUCUUGCGUGUGAGUGUGCAGAGUGGGAGAACUGGGAUGGGGAAAGAUAGGCCAAAGGGGGGGGGUGUUGAACACAUAGGGGGACGCUUUUUGAAAAAUUGCUCCCCCACCCCAAUUUAUUAAAGGGUCCUCCAAAACCCACAGGGGCCAGGGACUGUACAGGUCGUGACUGUAGAGAUCUAUGCAUGCUAAGCCUCACGGUCCGGUCUACGGGCGAUUGAAGUCCCGGCUGAGGACGUUGGGACCAGGGGCAAGAUGGCGGGGUGGUAGCAGGAACGAGAGUCCAGAAGCCAGGGGUCCGAGGGUCAAGAAGCAAGGAGUCACAAAGCCAAGGUCCGAGGAUCAGGAAGCAAAAAGCCAACCACAGCAAGGCAGGGAACGUGUUGCUGUGGCAAAGAGCCGAAGGGAAAUGCUGACUUUAUAUCCCUUCCAGGCUUUUGCCACCAGGUGCAGCGAGUUACCAAGCGGCCUCACCUGUGUGGCCGCACCUUGCCUCUCCAGAACAAACUUAGGAAGGCCCCAGUCCUGCGAAGUCCUACUGGUUCCAGGGCCUGGCUCCUGCAGGCACUCCUGACACUAAGGGCCUUACCGCCAGGUGCGCUGGGAUUCAGGUGGAACGGUGAGCAAUUGCUUGCAUCCUAGCCUGGGUCCAGAGCAGAAGGAAGGAGUUGAAGGCAUGUUAUUGUUUUUCUGUAUAGGCCCAUCGGUCUGCCGGUUUCUGCUCCAAGGAGCUUACAGUUUAAAAGUCAUCGUAGGGAAACAACAGUAGUGGUAGACUCCCUCCUUGCAGGGUUUUAAGCAGAGGUUGGAUGACACACCUGUCCUGUAUGAUUUCUGCAUCGGACUUGGGUAAAGAUUUGAUGGCGAAUAUGUUUCACACACUUAUGCUUGUGCAAGGUUAUUUCAGUGCAUUCAUCAGAAUGUAUAGGAACACCAGGAAGCUGCACUGUACGGAGUCAAUCUAGCUAAAUAUUGUUUGCACUGACUGGCAGCAGCUGCCUGAGAUUUCAGACAAAGGCGUCUUUUCCAACCAUACCUGGGGACACCAGGGAUUGAAACCUGCAUAUUUUGCAGGUGAGGCAUGUCGUAACCUUUCCCACAAGUGCUGUGUCACAGAGAUGAUAUCCGUGUUGAAUUUUAGUCAGGCAUCCCUAAGAUUUGGGGGGGUUAAUUUGAACCGAUGCACACACUAUUCAUUUCAAAUAAAACAUAGUUGCAGAUUGCAUUGCAUUGCAGAAAAGGAAUGAUGGUGAAAGAAAGCUUCGCAGAAGUAGCUUGACGCUCCGCAAAUAAAUUCCCAGUUGGAACGCAGAGUUCCUUUUUUCUCUGAAAGGUAUCACAGAGUGCUUCUCCUUGCUGCGAGCUCGCAAGGUAAAUCUAUUUCACAAAUUCAACAGUGCAGCUCAAUUUUAGCCAUCUCCUUAGAUCUUUUAAGGAGUCUGAAAGGUCUUUUUAAUGUUCUACUUGCCAAUUCUAGUCCGGCAAUCUCCAAGCCCGUGCCAAUGUCGUCUUUCCGACAAACGUUUCAGAUCUUGUAGCAGCAUCACCACGGAAUUCAGAAUGAGCCACGAGGGCUAUGCUCCCCCUCAGCUGUUGAAGUCAGUACAGUGGUACCUCGGGUUACAGACGCUUCAGGUUACAGACUCCGCUGACCCAGAAAUAGUACCUCGGGUUAAAAACUUUGCUUCAGGAUGAGAACAGAAAUCGCGCGGCGGCGGCCGCAGCGGAAGGCCCCAUUAGCUAAAGUGGUACCUCAGGUUAAGAACAGUUUCAGGUUAAGAACGGACCUCCAGAAUGAAUUAAGUACUUAACCUGAGGUACCACUGUACAGUGGUGCCUUGCAAGACGAAAUUAAUUCGUUCCGCGAGUUUUGUCGUCUUGCGAUUUUUUUCGUCUUGCGAAGCACGGUGUCGGGAAAGUUUUGGAAAAGCUUCAAAAAUCACCAAAGUCUUUAAAAACCUCAAAAAAGGCUACCACACCGCGUUCUAUGAGUUGCUCCUCGAAGUCAAGUCGCAACUGUAUUAACGGUGUUAAGAAAAAGGAAGCAAACUUGCAAGACGUUUCCGUCUUGAGAAGCAAGCCCAUAGGGAAAAUCGUCUUGCGAAGCAGCUCAAAAAACAAAAAACCCUUUCCUCUAGUGAGUUUUUUGUCUUGCGAGGCAUUCGUCUUGCGAGGUACCACUGUAUAUAUCUUUUGAAAACUGUAUUAUUUAGACAGGGUUUUGAAGCAUGAUUCGCCCCCCUUUAAACCAACUAACGUUUAUUGAUGUUUUUAUUUAUGUUACUGAAAUGUUGUGUUUUAUGUUACAGGCUGCUUGUUAUAUUUUUUAUGCAACUGCUGUAUACAUAUUUGAAUAGGUAGUUGGUUCCCUGUUAUUUCUAUAAUAUUUUUCUCCUCAACUCCCCAAAUAUGGGAUUUUUUAAACAAAAUGUGACCACAAGCAGUUAUCGUAUUCUGCAUUCCUCAAGGCACACUUCUUACAUUAUUGAUCUGCCCUGAUUUUGCAGGCGUUAAAUAAUGUCUAACCCCAAAUUUUAUGGAAAUUUCCUUUUUAUAAUUGUGGCAGUUGGGGAUUGCAAAUUCAUCCCCUAUAAAUCCCUACUUAUUUUGAUGGCCUGCCUGUGAGCCCAUAAAUCUCUGUGUUUGAUUAGCGGAUUAUUGGCUGUUCUUUGGAUUUGUAAACGAUAUACGUUGCUCAAGAGACCCUCGGACCCUUGAUAAUACAUGCAAAGGUUUUAUCAGAUAAUGCCAGCUUUCUGGCAAGUUCCGUUUGUCUGCCAAGCAUUUUUUCUUUAAAGUAAGAGAGCCUAAUUUGCAGGAGUUGAUAAAGGGUGGCCUUGAGAUUAAUCGUGAGACAUACAUAGUUAUAAGUUAUUAAAUUAUUCCUUAGAAAGAAAUCACAGCAUAGCACUUUUCAUGCCUUCAAUACAUGCAUCCGGUCAACCAGUGGGAAUUGAAUGGGGGUGUAGAAAUGUAGGUCAGGGUGGAGAGAUUUGGUUCUGUUUCAUGUGGCUGACCAUACCUGUAGCAUUCAGAAGCCCUUUCCCACCUUUCACAGGCAGUUUCAGAUUUAUAAGCCAAUAACCACAUUUCAGAUUUAUAAGGGAAUAACCAAAAGGCACCUUAAACCUAGGUUACAGUCACUACAACGGAAUUCCUGGGUGCUGUAAUAAAUGAAAUUUAUCACAGUGUGGUUAUUGUUCAGUUCAUUUCUAUACUGCUUUAUAUUUUAAAGAACAUAAUAUCAAAGUGGUUUGCAACGCAUUAAAACAUAGCUUUCCCAACCUUGUGUUGCUACACGUUAGUGUAGGGGCUGGUUUAAUCUCUGUUUUGCUGGUAAAACUGAAAUUACCGCACCAUGGAAUGAUGCGUGUCUGCAAAGUGCGUCACCGACAUGAAAAGUUUGGAGAGCUCUGCGUUAAAACAUCAAAUUAAACAGUCCAGAAUAAAACAAAUUCAGACUUCAAGGAAAAAUAUUUCAGAUCCUUCUCUGAGGGACGUUUUGCUUUCCCCAUAUUUGUUUUAUCUAUAGCUGCCCCAGAGCAGAAGUACUCUAGGGAACCCGGGUGCUGUAAUGGUUAGAGUAUCGGACCAGGACCUGGGUUCAAAUCCCCACCCAGUCAGGAAGCUCCCUGGGUGACCUUGGAGCCAGUCGUAGCUUGUUAACCUCACAGGGCCGUUGUAGGGGUUAACUGAGGAGGGGGUGAACCAUGGACUCCUUGGAGAAAAAGGUGGGAGAUAAAUUCAAUGAAAAUAAGCCCUUCUGCUUACCUCAGGCAUCCUCAAACUUGGCCCUCCAGAUGUUUUGGGACUACAACUCCCAUCAUCCCUAGCUAACCGGACCAGUGGUCAGGGGUGAUGGGAAUUGUAGUCCCAAAACAGCUGGAGGGCCAAGUUUGAGGAUGCCUGGCUUACCUGCUUAAGAAAGCUGGAGCCGCCAGCCAGGUGGAGAUGUCAGUCGCCUACUUGGCAUUCAGAGAUCUCCACGUGGUCGCAAUUGGAUCCCCUGCCAGAUGCAAAACGCGCCUGGCACCUGCCUAAUUUCUAACACUGUUCUGUUGGAUCCAUGGAGAGAGUAGGGUGGGGAUAGGAGCAGUCCUGUGCUUUUUUUCCUGACAAAUUUUGCUUACCAUAAACCUAACUCUGCUUGUUCAAACUGGGAAGGAAAGAGCGGGAAAGUUCUAUUGCUUUUCACUUUUCAUAAUACAGUGGUACCUCAGGUUACAGACGCUUCAGGUUACAGACUCCGCUAACCCAGAAAUAAUACCUCGGGUUAAGAACUUUACUUCAGGAUGAGAACAGAAAUCGUGCUCCAGCGGCGUGGCAGCAGCAGGAGGUCCCAUUAGUUAAAGUGGUACCUCAGGUUAAGAACAGUUUCAGGUUAAGAACGGACCUCCAGAACGAAUUAAGUUCUUAACCCGAGGCACCACUGUACUAGGUUCUGUCAUACGUUCGGAAUUUCCCGGAUAGAACUGGGAUCCAUCUGUCAAAAAUGGCGUCCGGGCGGAAUUUUUGAAAGGCGGCUAAAAUGUUUGGGGAAACCUAUGUGGAUGGCAGCCCAUAUCGGCAGUGUUUGUUUCUUGGGUGAUUUUCCUAAGUAACAGGUAAAAAGAUCUUCCGGGGGGGGGGGGGAGAUUUUGCCAUACUCAACAGAAAAAUGGUUUUCUUAGAGUGGCUCCUUCCCUGUGCCAUUCUCAAAUUGUUCCCUGUAAACAGACAGUUUCAACAGCAGAGAGGAACCACAUACGCCAUGGAGUAUUUCCUUGGAGGAAAAAGAUUCCUGGAUUGCAGGGGGUGGGGUUGGACUGUGGACUUUUAAAAGAGUAUUGGGAAAUAAUGUAUAAUGAAUUGGAAAAAAUGUUUAAAUGUACUUUUCCAACCCCAACCCCCCCCCCAAAAAAAACCCAGAGUCCUUUUCGUUGGGGAUAAUUCAGAUAGAAAUUCCCAGGUGUCAAAAAAGGCUAUUUAUGAAUGCCACCACUGCAGCCCGUGUUUUGUUAGCCCAAAAAUGGAAAAUGAGCGAGGUCCCAACUAAAAAAGAAUGGCGACUCAUGGAUAUUACAAGCUACCGUAUUUUUUGCUCCAUAAGACACACUUUUUUCCUCCUAAAAAGUAUGGGGAAAUGUGUGUGCGUCUUGUGGAGCGAAUGGUGCUGCACAGAGAUGGAGAGAUUUUUCUUCUUCUUGUUUUCCUCCUCUAAAAACUAGGUGCAUCUUAUGGGUGGGUGUGUCUUAUAGAGCGAAAAAUACGGUAACUGCUUCGCAGCCUCUUUCUCCCCCGCCUGUAAUAUGCAGACCAUAAUAAUAGUGGCUUACCUGGCUUACCUUACAGGGGCGUUGUAAGGGUAAUUGAGAUAAUAUAUGUGAAAGUGCUUUGAGCACUCAGAAAGCUGUAAUGUGAAUGCUAAGUAGGGUUACUGCAUAUGUGAUGGCCGCAGGCAGUGAUCAGGGCAAAAAAAAUAUCUUCUUCCUUCAUCCCCUGCUAUAGAAGAGAUGUCACCUGUGAAGCAGUCCCGAGACACUUGGAAUUAUUAAAACCUCAUUGAAAUAGCUCUUUCCUCCCUUUUUCUUUCUUUUUUUUUUUACUUCCUGUCAUUCUGGCAGAAUGUGGGGAUUAUUUUCAUUUCUUCCAAAUGCAAUCGGAAAGCCCGGAAACUUUCCGAGCCGCACUUAACUGUAAAAAGCGAUGUUUUUGUUAAUGGCAGGUCAAUUUUGAUUUAGGCCUGUAAUUUGGCGGGGGCGGUGGGGGGGGGGAUAGCUAUCUCCCGUCUGAAGGAUGGCAAUUUCAUGUGCUCUUCUAAUACUCCUAGAAUUGCCGUGCAUAUAACUAAAAGCUUUUUACCCUUGAAAAUAACGGAACCGGGGAGGGUGGAGGUGGGGGGGGACAUGAACAGAUCAUAAUACUUCAGUGGUAUGUAAUGGGCUGCCGGAAAUUUCUGUGAUAUGCUAGAAAAUUUAUCUUCAUGCACUAGAGGAAAGUUUCUGCUCUGUGUUGCAGUGCAGACAGAAUACUAACAGCCACUCAGCCAUUUUUAGGAAUUGGGGAGUGUGUUAUGGGGUCCUCCGUUCCCUCCUACUUCCUUUGCGGUUCCCUCACUGCAAGAAGUAAAGUUACAGGGAAUCAGGGAGAGGGCCUUCUUGGUGGUGGCACCCUCCCUGUGAAACACCCUCCCACCAGAUGUCAAGGAGAUAAACAAUUAUAGGACUUUCCGUAGACAUCUGUAUCAUGUGUCAACUUUUUUUUUUAAUUUGCAUUUUAUUUAUUUGUUAACAUUCUUAUAUUACAUCGGUAAACGUUGUCAUAUUACAUUACAGGACUUACUAUAAUAUAAUUUCCAACAUGUAUACAAAAAUUAUAUACAAAUUUUAUAUACCAAGAAAGAAAAUGAAACAAAAAAAAGAACAAAGAGGAAAAAACAAAAACAACCCCCCAAAUCAUAUACACACUAGAUUUCUUGUCUUUCCUGUUGUAUAUUCCUUUUUUACAAGUGAAUGUACUCUUAUUAUUGUAUAUUUCUUUACAUAUUAUCUAAUACAUUCCUAUAUCAAUACGUGCUCUUAGUUUUAUUUCUCAACUCAGUGUCACUCCAACGUCAAUCAAAUGCUAGCAUAGAUAGCAAACCUUUACUGUAUUUUUGAACAUACGUUUUAUAUCUAUCCCAUUUUUCCAUAAAUUUUUGUUUUGAAUUGCCUCUCAGGGUAUUUCUUAACUGCGCCAUUUCAGCAAAUUAUUGUAGCUUGUAAUGCCAGUCCGUUAUUGUCUGGGCUUCUUGUUCCUUCCCCCCCUUUGCCACCAAAGUCCGCGUCAUGUGUCAACUUUUAAUGGUUGUUGUUUUACAGUGGUUUUAUAAUUUGUUGGUCCACAGUGGCUGGGGGCAACCCGGUCAGGUGAGCGGCAUAUAAAGCAUAAAACUAUUAUUCUUAAAAAUUCCCUUUGUUAAGUGUGGUGCAUUAUUAUUACACCUGAACCAAAUGUGAAAGGCCACAACAUAAAUGGCUUCUGAGAAUAGGUUUGCCCUCCCCACACCUCUUGUAGGUAUAAUUCUUCAAUACAUUACUUUUAAAUGAUGCUUCAGGUAUAUUUUAUUUUUUAAAUCCAAACCCUGCUGACCUUGAUAAAUAAGAAUGUUUAAGUAUUUUUUUUUUUUAAGAAAGAAAGAAAAAGUUCAGUAGCUUUCAAUGCAGUGACUUGAAAAUUACAAGUAUCUGGUCUUUUAAAAAUGCUUAGUGGAACUACUCAAGGACAGUUCUUUAUUUUCCUGGUCAUUUAUUUGCUUUCAGCAUUUGCUUGUAGACUGAGCCAGCUUUGGGGAUAAAAUGGAGCCGCUGGCAUCAAAAGUUCCUUUCUGGGUUGUGAGCACUUAAUAAAGCGAAGGAACGUCUAGCUUAGAAGUAGGCUUCAUCACCACCAACCUUAUAAGAGACAAGACACACACAAAAAGCUGCCAUUCUGACAAUUCCAGGGCUUAUUGGCACUUUGCAAUACGUUCGAAAGUGGUGAAUUUCAUCCAUUGUGGGACUUAAAAGGUAAAGGGACCCCUGACCAUUAGGUCCAGUUGUGGCCGACUCUGGGGUUGCGGCGCUCAUCUCGUUUUAUUGGCCAAGGGAGCCGGUGUACAGCUUCGGUCAUGUGGCCAGCAUGACUAAGCCGCUUCUGGUAAACCAGUGCAGCGCACAGAAAUGCCAUUUACAUUCCCGCCAGAGCGGUACCUAUUUAUCUACUUGCACUUUGACGUGCUUUCAAACUGCUAGGUUGGCAGGAGCAGGGACCGAGCAACGGGAGCUCACCCUGUCGCAGGGACUCGAACCGCGACCUUCUGAUCGGCAAGUCCUAGGCUCUGUGGUUUAACCCACAGCGCCACCCGCAUCCCUAUUGUGGGGCUUAUAACCCUCUUUCUAAAGCCUUCCAAGUUGGUGACCACCACUAGGUCUUAUGAUGGCAAAUUCUAUGCAUGGUCUUGGGUGCUCCAGUAGUUCUGGAGGGAAAGACCUCAAGUUAUGGACCUCAAGUUAGAGAGACAUUGGUGUAGACAGUACUGAGCUGCGUAAGGCAGGUUUUCCCCCCCUGUGUACAUAGGAAGGUCCAUAGUUUAGUGCUAGAACAUCUGGCUUGCAUGUAGAAGACCCCAGGUUCAGUCUUUGAUAUCUCCAAGGUAGGAAUGGGAAAUGUUCCCAGUCUAAGACUCUAAGCUUGAUGGAGCAAUCUAAGUUGUCAUCUUCUGUUCCUAUGUUUUGACUGCUUCAUUUUCUUCUCCAAUCUGAUUUCCACUAUGUGUGUUGGAAUCAUAGAGUCUUAGAGUUGGAAGGGAUCCAAGGGUCAUCUAGUCCAACCCCCUGCAGUGCAGGAAUCUCAGCUCAAGCAUCCAUGGUGGGUGGCCAUCCAACCUCGGCUUAGAAACCUCCAAAGAAGGAGAAUCCACAACCUCACGAGGGAGUCCGUUCCACUGCAAAACAGCUCUUACUGUCAAAAGUUGUUCCGAAUGUUUAGUCGGAAUCUCCUUUCUUGCAACUUGAAGCCAUUGGUUCGAGUCCUACCCUCCAGAGCAGGAGAAAACACGCAUGCUCCCUCCUCCAUUUGACAGCCCUUAAGAUAUUUGAAGAAGACUGUCAUAUAUCCUCUCAGUCGCCUCUUUUCCAAUCUAAACAUAUGCAGCUCCUUCAAGUGUUCCUCAUAAGGACUGGUUUCCAGACCCUUGAUCAUCUUGGCCGCCCUCCUGUAAACACAUUCCAGCUUGGGAAUAUAUAUCCUUCUUAAAUUAUGGUGCCCAGUACUGGACGCAGUAUUCCAAGUGUGGUCUGACCAAGGCAGAAUAGAGUGGGACUAUUCCUUCCCUUGAUCUGGACACUAGACUUCUGUUGAUGCAGCCUAGAAUAACAUUAGCUUUUUUUUGCUGCUGCAUCACACUGUGGACACACAUUAAGCUUGUGUUGUGUUUCCAUACUGUAAUAAAUGUAGGGGUUGCUCGUGCGCAAGUUGGUGCCACUCCUGGCUAGGUUGCCUUGUUAAACCUUUUCUGUCUGGACAGCCCUGCACUUCGUGGCUGUUCAGUCGCUAGCAGAAUCCGUCAGUGGGCGUUUCUUAAACCUUUUCCAGCAUAAAAGUUGUUUGACUCCAAGUCUCCUCCUACUCUCCCUGCGCGGAAGUCUUCUGCGCAGGGAGGGCGUGGGUAGCGGAGGACCCGUGCUCUCCUCGCUGAUCUCCGGCGAGGAGUCCUGGAGGCCCCUCGCCGCUGCCCCCAUCUGCACCCCUUUAUCCCUGGUGUUACGCUGAUUUCUUUCCCCAGCUGGUGAGCCGCCUCUCCCCCUGCUGGGCCCUUCUCCAGCAUCGCUUGAGAGCAUAGCCUCCGCCUCUGGCUCCGAUGUCAGUUCCCUGACACAUACAUUGCAAAAUAAGUAUGGCAACACCGCAGCUGACUUGGAACAACCAUAUUGCAAGUCUUGGUGCACAUGUGUGCAGACUCCACAGAAACUGGCUUUGCUCUACUUACGAAGCAGAUCCUUUCAUGGUCUCUUUUCCCUCGCAGAUCCCUCCUUUCCAUCCCUUGGUUUGCUUUCUGCUGUCUAGAUAACAGCCAUGCGCCAACUGAGAUUUGUUUUUUGUUUUAAAGAAGCUUUCUCUAAAACAGUGAUUUCUUAAAAAAAGAAAAGUAACUUAGUCAUAUUCUCUCACCUGGUGUAGAUUUCUGCGCGACCAUCAGGCAUCCGCUGAUGGCAAGAGUGACAUUGUCUCCCAUAAUAUGCUGCCAAGGGGAGGGGGAGAUAGAGGAAUUUUGACAGUAGGUACAGUUCCUUCUGAGGGACACGGGUGGCGCUGUGGGUUAAACCACAGAGCCAAGGGCUUGCCGAUCAGAAGGUCGGCGGUUCAAAUCCCCGCGACGGGGUGAGCUCCCGUUGCUCGGUCCCUGCUCCUGCCAACCUAGCAGUUCGAAAGCACGUCAAAGUGCAAAUAGAUAAAUAGGUACAGCUCCGGCGGGAAGGUAAACGGUGUUUCCGUGCGCUGCUCUGGUUCGCCAGAAGUGGCUUAGUCAUGCUGGCCAGAUGACCCAGAAGCUGUAUGCUGGCUCCCUCGGUCAAUAAAGCGAGAUGAGCGCCGCAACCCCAAAGUCAGUCAUGACUGCACCUAAUGGUCAGGGGUCCCUUUACCUUUACCUUUACAGUUCCUUCCAAAACCCUUGGUUGAACUGAAGACAAACCUCUUCUCCAUUCCAAGACUGAGAAGAAGGGAGAAUGCAUACCUGUUUGAUACAGGAACGUGCAUAGACACCUAUAUGUGCUGCAUUGUAAACAUUCCAAGUUUGGUAUGGCAAGAGGCUCUGGAGGGAUCGGCUCCCUGGUGGUGGUGGACCCUACACAGACAACUGGGAAACACUGGCCUGCGAGUGCCCCACCUGGAGAACAGCCUUUACCAAAGCUUUCAUGGGCUUUGAAGGUGCUUGAACUCAGGACGAAAGGGAGAAACGUGCGAAGAGGAAGGCACGCUUGGCAAACCCUCACCGUGAUCAGCUCCUGCCUGGAAACCUAUGUCCCCACUGUGGAAAGACGUGUGGAUCCAGAAUUGGCCUCCACAGUCACUUACAGACUCACUGUUAAGACUUUGUUCAUGGAAGUCAAUCUUACUCGAUUACGAGUGAUCACAGAAGAAGAAGAAGAAGGUGGUGGUGCACCCAGCCCAGAAGAUGUGGAGAGCUUGCCAACACUUGACAGAAGGAGCUUGCUUUGUAUUGUGGGGAUUAUUUCCUGGUAUGUUCUUUUCCCAUAUGAGUCCAGAACAUUUGCUUACUCCAUGGGUAGACAAACUAAGGCCUGAGGGCCUGAUCCGGCCCAAUCGCCUUCUCAACCCGGUCCGCGGACGGUCCAGGAAUCAGCGUGUUUUUACAUGAGUAGAAUGUGUCCUUUUAUUUAAAAUGCAUCUCUGGGUUAUUUGUGGGGCAUAGGAAUUCGUUCAUUUCCCCCCCUCCAAAAUAUAGUCUGGCUCCCCACAAGGUCUGAAGGACAGUGGACCAGCCCCCUGCUGAAAAAGUUUGCUGACCCCUGGCUUACUCCUUUAUAACAUUUCCGUUUGGCCUCCCUCGCUGUUCUGAUGCUGCUUUACAAAAACAACGCACUGCAAAACCCAGCACUUUGGGGAGAAGAGAGCGGGGAGCAAGCUCUCACAGCCAACCGCAAGCUGCAGAUCCAAACCACAACACUGUUCAACACCGCAAUUUGGACUGCCAGGGGUCCCCAUUCUGCAAUGGGGUCCCGAGAACCCAUUCUGUGCGUGAACAGCUCGCGAUAUAUCUGUUUGGCCACACACUUCUGAAAAUUGUGGAGCAUACAAUGGUGCAUUCUGCAGAUACACAAUUAUGGAUGCCGUGUGAACCUGUGGGCCAAUGAAUACCCGAUCCCCUGUCUACAUCUGUGAAAUUUUCCUGACAAAGCCUGUUCUCUUGAAACUCCAGGCGUGACCAUUCUUUCGCAGAGCGCUUUAAUUCUCCUGCCCUUGCCAGGGGGGAAGUGAGCUAAGUUUUGAGCUGUCCACAGAAAGCCCUUUGAUUCCUGCUCCUCCUGCCUUCAGAGAUGAUGAAUGCCCCUUGGGUAUGAAUGCAGUGAGAAAAGAUCCAUGUUUCCUCCUUGCACUGUCUGCCUUGCAUAUAAGCAGAAGGCUGUAGACCUCUGGCUGGGACCUGUUGUUCAAGAUGGCAGCCGAGGGCCCCGUUAUCGACAGGACACUUAAUUCUCGUUAUUGCCAUCAAGCCCUUAGCUGGUGUUAUCUUGUUUGUCCGGCUGCCUGGAAUGAAUGGGGUCCUGCCUUGUAGCUGAAUUAAACUUGGCCACAACUUUGGUGGCCUUGGAGAAGUGUCUGCGGCAUGAUGAAGUGCUGUAAUUUUUCCACAAGGAGAGCAUUGUUAAGGCUGUCUGGGCCUUGGUUUCCCAGAGAGACGGCCUGGCUUUUUAGGAAUGCUUUGGGUAAAAGCUCCUAAGCUAUUCUAGGUAUUCACAACAAUGUCGGGGUGGGAGGAAUUGGGUGAAAGGAGCACAGGGCUCCUAUGAUUUCAGAAAAAUAAAAGUCAUGUACAGUGGUACCUCAGGUUUCAUACACUUCAGGUUACAUACGCUUCAGGUUACAGACUCCGCUAACCCAGAAAUAGUGCUUCAGGUUAAGAACUUUGCUUCAGGAUAAUAACAGAAAUCAUGCUCCGGCGGUGCGGCGGCAGUGGGAGGCCCAAUUAGCUAAAGUGGUGCUUCAGGUUAAGAACAGCUUCAGGUUAAGUACGGACCUCCGGAACGAAUUAAGUACUUAACCUGAGGUACCAAUGUACCGGGAAGCUUUUUAUUGUGACGUUUUAUUAUGUUUUUAUAUUUUACUGGAAGCUGCCCAGAGUGGCUGGGGAAACCCAACCAGAUGGGCGGGGUAGAAGAAUCAGAAGAAGAAUCAGGGGAAGACAGGUUUUAUUUACUUUUACUUAUUUUACAAAACCAGCAUUAUUUUACAAAACAAAGUGAGUUGUUUGUUUUACAUAUUGUACAAAGCCAGCCUUCGCCAGCCUGAUGUUGUGUACCACAACUCCCAUAACUGUGCUGGCUGGGACUGAUGGGAGUUGUAGUCCCAGGAGUGCACCUAGGGGGAGAAGGUGGCUUGUAAGUGAUGUAUAGGCAAAGGAGAUUUAAAAUCUGAAUGCAACCAAUGCAGACGGUUAAUGCAUGAAAACGCACCAAAGUUCCAAGGCUUUCUUUUGUCCCCCUGUUCAACAGGAUCACCAAAAAGUCUCCCCUCUUUCCUCCCCGAGAGUUAUGCUGCUAAAACCAAGAAAUAUUUUGGAGGGCAAGAGGAUGGGAAACCCGGAGUAGAUUUUUCUGUGUGUUAAACGAUUGUGAGCUUGGUUUGGGUUUAGAAAACAGAUUCUCGGGACGAACAUGUGCUCAGUUUCUUAAUUCUAGUUAUCUGCCCCUACUUCCCAAACCACUAGUUUUCACGUGACUCAGGGUUCAUGUUGAUCUCCACAACCCUCACGUCUGCCCAACCUUCCUGUAGAAAAAAAAAAUCAGUCUAGUUGUGAUUGUAAUGCUGUGUUUUAUAUGGUUGCGACCUCCCCUGGGACACUUGUGGGAUGUGCAGGGCCUUUGUGGGAUGUGAGCUGGGGGGGGGUUUAGUUCCAAGGGCCAAACAGAGCAGCUUUGAGGGCCGCAUUCAGCAUCUGGGCCUGAGGUUCACCACUCUCCCCUAUAAAAGCAUGUACUCCUUGUCCAGCACAAUGGAUGGAAGAACCUACUAUUAUCCAAUAUGGAGGAAUGGUGCUGGGAACUAACAGAAACUAAUUAAUAACAAGAAUAAUUAAUAACAAGAACUAAUUAAUAACAAGAAUAAUUAAUAACAAGAAUAAUUAAUAACAAGAACUAAUUAAUAACAAGAAAAAUUUGGGAUUCCCUCUUGGGAAGAAGAAGAAGAAAUGAAUGGCACUUUGACUAUAGUAACCUAUACAGAAAGUAGAAAAGAUGGAUGGACUGAAUAUCUUAAAUAAUCAUUUUCUAAUGUAACCGGCAGAUGGAAAAGCAGAAGUCCCCCCUUUUAGCUUUAAUGUUUCUUAUCUCUCCGUUCCUAUUCUCCUCUAUUUUCUUUCUCUCUUUCCCCUCUUUCUUGUCUUUUGGUUCUAUCUGUUCCAGAUAUUGUAUUGUGAAAACCGUAAUGAAAUUUUUAAAAAUCUUUGUUCAGCAGCUACCCCUGUCCUUGCCUGAGAAUAAUUUUUUCUCUUCUGUUUCUUUUCCAGGUUUUAAAUACAAGAAUUCCUCAGAAUUGGGAGGGAAAGAACUUUUGGCUCGAAGAGGUGCUUCUUCGUUCGCAUUCCGGCACAACCUUGAUUCCCGUUUGUUCGUUUUGGCUGAUUGACGGCGAGUCCCAGAGGAGAAUGAGACAGCUGAAAGGCAAGCCCAAAAAAGAGACGUCGAGAGACAAAAAGGAGCGAAAACAAGCCAUGCAGGAAGCGCGACAGCAGGUCACAACCGUGGUGCUCCCUACGCUGGCCGUGGUCGUGCUUUUGAUCGUGGUCUUUGUGUACGUGGCGACCCGCCCAAACACAACGGAAUGAUGCGGCUGUCAAACUCCGCCGCAACUUUUGCCUCCUCUUCUGCCCAAUGCCAAAACCAAACCAAAAUGAAAGCCCCCAAAAGGAGGAAGAGAAAGACAGCCUUUUCUCUAUCUCCAAGUUCAUAAUAAUAAUAAUCCUUUUGCAAAAAGAAAAAAGGAAUCUUCUUUCUUUGACUUGAACCAAACUCCACAGUAAACACAGAACGUAUUUGCCACCAUGGCACAAAAUAAUUUUUCUUGCCCAGCUCAUGUGCCUUUUUGACUUUGAGGGGGGAGCGCAGGGACCCCUCCCCAUUUUCGAAUCCUUUCGUCAGGGGGGGGGGGCGGUUCACUGUUGCUUUCAAAAAUUUCUAUAAAUCGAGUUUGAGCCUAUCAAUUUGUUGGCAACAUUGCUAGUGCUGUUACCGUGAGUCGUUGUACGUUGGCUUCGCAACUUUCCAAAGAAACAAAACUGCCCGCCCACCCCCUUUCAGAAUGUUAUAAUGGCAUUUGGAAAACUUUGACUAAUAUAUAUAUACACAUAUAUUUAUUUUUGGAAUAAAGAAGAUGAGUCUUGCAUAAAAA